UGCUCUCGGUGCGGCGCAGAGCGCGCGGCUCUCCGCUGCUCCGACAGAGUUGAUCAGCGUCCGGAUACCUGAUGGAUGGAGGACCGGUGUCUGGUCAAUGAAACCCCGCACAGACCCGCACUCAGGAGACACUGACCCGUCUGGUAUUGAUUAUUGAUUGAUGAUCUGCAACUGAUAGUGUGUGUGAGCGGAGUUCCGCGCUUCAGACCCACAGGACUCUACUUUCUUCAUCCAUCCAUCACCUCUUCCUCCUCCUCCUCCUCCUCCGUGUUGGACAGACACCCUUUAGAAACCACCUGGACAGAAAAGUGAGGAUGUGGACGGAGAACAGAGAGACCGCAGGGAUGAAGACACCUCUGAGCCCUUCUCAGCUCCUGGAGAGUGGGCAGAUCUUUGCCUUUGGAGGGAUGUGUCAAGAGCUGAUGGACAGGCCCACACCUACAACCAUCAGUCUCUCUGUCCAGCAGACUCCCUCUCCAGGUCAGGGCGGGGCCUACUCGCUGUGUGAGGUGUGUAACCUGCAGCUAACCUCUGCUGGCCAGGCACAGCUGCAUUACAAUGGCAGGUCUCACCUCCGGAGAGUGAGACAGCUCCAGGCUGGAGAGACAGGACAACAGGCAGCAGGGGCUCAGUCUAGGUCUCUUCCCCAGGUCACAGGGCUCAGCUCCCAGCCUGCAGGACUAACUCCGACCCCAGGCCCCAGUCCAGGCCUCAGCGCUCCACCCAGCACAACUGCAGGAAGUGGGUGUGGUGCAGUGGGCGGAGCAUUGCCGGGGCUCAUAGGCGCUACUGGUCCCUCAGUGAUGAUGAAACCAUUCCUGUCGUUUCCUGUCGAGACGACAUCGCCGGUCGGACUUUUCCCAAACUUCAACACGAUGGACCCGGUGCAGAAGGCCGUCAUCAACCACACCUUUGGUGUUACUUUGGUACCCAAGAAGAAACAGGUCAUCUCAUGCAACGUCUGCCAGCUGAGGUUCAACUCUGACUCUCAGGCAGAAGCUCAUUACAGAGGCAGUCGUCACGCCAAGAAGCUCAAGUCUCAGGAGAACAAGGCCAAGGCCAAGCUGUCAAUCACAGGGGAGACCAAUGGGGGCAGCACAAGUUCAGCUGGCCCCGCCCCUCCUGUCUCAGCUAACAGCAGCACCAAUCAGCACACAGAACUCUUAUCUAGCCUCAUUGACUCCUCCUCUCCUCUCAAACCCUUCAUCCUCCCCUCCUCCUCACCUCUCUCCUCCUCCUCCCCCUCAUCUAGCAGAGAAGGCAGCGAGCCUCCUCCCUCCAGUCCCCCCUCUGCUCUCCCUGCCCUGGGCCUCUCCUCUUCCUCAUCUUUCUCUUCUUCCAAAGCUUCUCCACCUCACCCUCCUCCAGUUCCUGUCACCUCCUCCUUGUCCCCUGCUCUUCCUCCUCCUCCUCCUCCUCCUCUUCCUCCUCCUACUGCUUCCCAGGCCUCCUCCCAGGAUGCUCCUCUCUCAGCGGAGUCUGAGGAGGAGAAGGCGAAGAAGCUGCUGUACUGCUCUCUGUGUAAAGUCGCCGUCAAUUCUCUGUCCCAGCUGGAGGCUCAUAAUGCAGGUUCAAAGCACAAGACAAUGCUGGAGGCUCGGAGUGGUGCCGGGCCGAUCAAGGCCUACCCUCGACCCGGAGCCAAGCUGAAGAAUGGCAGCACCUCUGGAGUGAAGGGCUCCGGCCUGCAGAAUAAAACCUUCCACUGCCAGAUCUGUGAUGUCCAUGUCAACUCUGAGAUCCAACUCAAACAGCACAUCUCCAGCAGGAGGCACAAGGACAGAGUGGCAGGAAAACCCAGCAAACCCAAGUACAGCCCUUAUAACAAACCGCAGCGCAGCUCACUCGCUAAGGAGUUGGUGAAGCCCUCCCUCUCUCCCUCCUUCCUCUCCACUCCGUUUGCUCCUCCGCCCUCCUCCCUCACCUCCACCAUCUCACUCCCUCCCUCCUCUCUCGCCUCUACCCCCCUCCUCACUACCACCUCCUCUCCCCUCACCCCUGCCAUCUCUCUCCAUCAUCGCCCUCCAACCACCUCGUCCCUCUUCACAGCCUCCUUCCUGCGUCCAGCUCCUGGACCAAUCAGAACGAGCCAAGGAUCGAUUCUCUUCACACCUUACUGAUGAUGGCAGUGUUGGCUGUGUGGAGUCGAACUGGUGACCUUUGACCUCUGACCUCCAGUUUUUUGGGGCCACAGAGGCAGAAGAGUCCAGUAGAGACAGCAGCUCUGCCAUCAUGGCUGCAGGGAUUCAAACCUGCAACCUUCUCAUCUGACUGAGGCUUCGAAAGGAGACAUGAGAGGACAGAACCUCCUGGUCCUUUUGUCUGGAUCAGACGAUUUCUUCUCCUUCUCGGGUCCGAAAAUUCACAGCUGACCUGACAGAAAGCUUUGAUGAUGUUAUCCGAACCAGAAAUGGACUCGCUGCUUUAAAUAAUCCACAGACCCGAAGGUGAACAGGAGAGAGACUGAAAGGUUCCCACAAAUCCUGGAUUUUUUAAAUGCAGUCAUAGAUAUCUGGUUAUGGAAAAAUCCUGGGAAAUGUACAGAAUCGACCCACAAUUUGUAGAAAGCAAUAAGAGGUCCAAAAAAACCAGUAUGCAGCUUUUUUGUCGUCCCCAUUUGUCAUUUUGAUGUUCCAGAUUCAGCUGAUUCAAAACAUUCAACUUGAGGAAAAAUAAGUUUCUUUCCUUGAUCUUCUUACCAAAAAGAACCCUAAAGUACCUUGACAUUUAUGACAAAUGAUUCUUUGUGGCAGCCUGAAUCUACUGAAAAUAAAUGUCGAGUUUGGUUUUUAAUAUAUUUUUGUUUGAUUGAAAUAACAAUAAUCAGAACCAGGAUUCAUGAGGAACCAGAAUCUGAAAAGGUCUCAAUAAUACUCGAACCUGCUCCUGGUUAAGAAGACACACUGGUGCCAGAAAUCUGCUGCAUUUUGAUGCAGCUUGUGUUGAGAACAGACACAAAGGUUUACAAGAAAGUCUGGACUCAGAGCCCCGCUCAGGUCGAGUCCUCAGAGUUUGGAGGGGGUUGGUCCUGCCUAAACAAAUCUCCCCUGAACACAGAAGCUCUUUUUCCUCCUGCUGGAGGAACUAACCAGCACAAACCUGAUGUCAGAAAACUCAGCAGACAUCCUCCAUCAUGAACAAAUACGACUGCAGAUGUCUUCAUGUCAGCACUGGACUGUGGCACCACAGGUGUCCUCUUUCAGACGUCCCUGCGCUCAUGUUCGACUCGUUCCUAACAUACAGCAGCUGUGUGUCUCAACACCAAACCCAUUGGUUCCUACUGAAGUCAUGGCCAGGAUUAAAGAAAUACCAAGGUCUAAACUGUCCCAGCACAACCUCACACACCCCUGAAGUGUUUCACCUGCCAAGGAAACAUUUUGGAGGGUUUUCUAAGUUAAAAAGAGAGAGUUAAAAAGAAUUCCAAGGUUAAUAAAAAUGGGGAAUUCAACUACCAAGUUGGAAUAAAGUGGAAUUAUCCUUUAAUGGAAACAUAGUUUUAACUGUCCCGCAGCAAUGGGAACCUAAAAAAGCUCAAUUUUCUCUUUUAGAUUUAUGGCAAGAUGAAAAUGUUAACAGUUUUAACAGGUCUGCUACUUUUGGGAAAACUCAGCAAAACCCCAGUAAGCCUUAACAGAAAGUCACAUCAAUUCAGGACGGUUUGUUUCUCAUUGUCGACCUCCUGCUGUAUGUUCGGAACCAGAGUUUGAACUGAAGUACGAGUACAUGAACUCCUCCUCCUUACAUCUGAUGUCCACACUCCUGCCUGUACCCUUUGUCGUCUCCACUGCCGGCAUGUUACAGACUCACUCUGUACUCUGGACCAGGCUAUUUCCUGGUUUUACAGUGAAAAAGGCCUUUCGUCCUGACUGUUGCCUGGCGUGAACUCAGUCUGUCGGUUUUGUUUGGGUCAACCAUCCUUCUGUCACUGAGUUUGAUGAGAACUUUUAGGAUUUUAAAGCAUCUGAGCAGAACUUUUAUUGUCACUGAAACUUUUAUCGGAGAGAGUCAGAGGAACUUUUCACAACCUGCAACAGCAAAGGAACCUUUUCCUUAAAUAAGCUUAUUCACUUUCCAUGAGCAAAAGAAGAUAUUAACAUUUGUCUGGUUGCUUUUUCUGUGCUAUAAUAAUUUAUUUUACACUGUAUGUUGUAAAUAUUUACCCAAAGCUUUUUCAUGACUCUCAAACAACCGCACGAUGUGUCCAUCCAUCCAACAUAUUGGUCCUCCUGUCCGGAUUUGAAUGACCCCUUUAGAUAAGACCCCAUUACCUUUCCUCUAGUGCCACCGUCAGGAUAAACAUUUCUUACUCCACCACUACUAAGGCUCUAAGAAUGACAAAACAAUUAUAUGUGGCAGAAUAAUCUCAACUCAACCAUCCACCUACUGGCUUAAUUCUGAGCUUUCAGUUACAUCUGAAUGGAGAUGGCUCAGGCAUCAUCACAUGACCGGAGUGUGGAGCUGUAUAUGGUAAGCCCUGUCUCUCUUCAAAGAUGGUCUCUGACAUCGGGUAUGAUCUCUCUCAGGCCAUCCACUGACUCCGGGACCAUGACCUUUGACCUCUUCCCGGUUAAUCAAAGUCAAAGUCAAAGUCAGCUUUAUUGUCCAAUAUGCUAUACAUGCACGACAUACAGCACAGAUGAAAUUUCAGUCCUCUCGGACCCACGGUGCAAACAGACAAUAUACAAAAUAAUAGGAAAUAAUAAAUAUUAGGUAAAUUAAAAAUACCGAUCUGCCGGGAGAGAGAGGAGCUGCUGCAUGUGUACGCAACGCGCCCAAACGCCUAAAGGCUUAAUGCUGUCAAUGAUAUUAGUUUGGCGUUUGCAGAAAGCUGAUGUUAUCUUUAUUGUUUAUUCAAGAAGCGUAUGAGAAGUGGUUGAAUUCUCUGAACAGAGCUCAUAAGUGGACCUUUGAGUUGGAAUUAUUUUCAGUAUAUUGCUUUGUCUGUCCAUCACUUUUAUAUUGUGGUUGCAAUGAACACCGCUGCCUCCAUGGGGCACUGGCUGCACAGUCGAUGGUUGGUCUGGUGUUUUCAACAAGCUGACAGACGUCCUCCACGUAAAAAAAAAUAAAAACGAUCAGGUGGUUGUUUGACAGUUGUGAAAAUGGCUUCCCAGAACCAGGAGAAACCAUAGAAAACUUCACUCAAAGUUAAAGACGAGGUGAAAAACCUCCUCCCCCAUGGUGAUGUAACAGGGCUGCACUCAGUCUGUUUAUCUCCAGAUUCUGAUAGCUUUUGUUUAAAGCUUUGUCUCUUUAUCUAGCGUCCCUUCUUCCAAUCUGUGAUCAAUUAUUUACAAUAUGAGGUAAUGAAGCAAUGAGUGUUGAAUGGGUCUUCAGUCUUAUUGGCUGGGUUGGACUUAAAUGAGAGGUUCACAUUUAAUUUACAGCCUGUAAGGACUACAGAAACAAUUACAGUGAUCAGUAACUCCUAAAAUGAUUAAUUGGCAAAAAAUGGAAAACGGGAAAGUACUUUUUUGGCUCAUUUUGUUGACUUAAAAUAAUCUAGAAAUAAAUGUAAGCUAUUCUACAGCAUUUUUAUAAAUACAAAAACAUAUUUAUAAGCCUUUGUAAGAUACAGGACAAAGACAUUUUUAGAACUCACAUUAAUUGAUUUGUCUUACAAUCUGUGUACAAAACAUUUACAGAUGGGGUGCCCAAAAGUUAAGUUAAGUUAAUUAAUAUUCAAGCAAUAAUCAGCAAUAAAAUAUUUAGUAUUUCUUACUGCAAAAGACUCCAUGUAAAUAUUCUGAGAUUGAAACUGUUUCACUUACAGUUUCACCGUUUCAGAAAUGAGUGUUGAAGAACGUCACACCAAAGCCAUGUCCGUGGAAAGGCUCUUGCCUUAAAACACAUUAAGGAAAACUAUGUGGACCAGAUUUUAAAGACUAGAUAAGUAAAAUCUGAAAUGUUAAUACUACAAGCAGAAAUACUGAUUUCUGCGUCGUUAAAUAGUGAAAGUGAGUUUUUAUACUGGCGGUUAUUUUCUAUGGUUUCAAAUGGUCUUCCUGCCUCCUCCUGAAUAACUUGAAGCAUCUCAGUCUUCCAAUAAUGAACAAACAGGUUUAAGGACAUUAUGUGUGUGUGUGUGUGUGUGUGUGUGUGUGUGUGUGUGUGUGUGUGUGUGUGUGUGUGUGUGUGUGUGUGUGUGUGUGUGUUUAUCUAUGCAGUAUUUGGUCUCAUGGUGCAGUAACUCUAACUCUCAUCAACAUGCAACUGUAAAAUGAAGUGUCAAAUCCAUGUUGAUGAUGCUGAUAAACCUUCACUAAGGCUGUUUGCCAGCAUCUUGUUGAAAACGAAGCUCUAAGCUGUUCAACUGAACUUCCUCCUCUGUCUGAUGAUGUCAUCAUGAUGCAAUAAUGUACAGAUCAGCUGCUGCUUUUCUAUUCUCUUCGCUUCCUUAUCAGCAAUACUGAGGCCUGAGAGUCUUGAUUCUAGUCUAAGUCUUGAUACUGAGGCUGAGUUGCAAUACUGGAAUGAAACAAACAGGGAUGUUAAAAUUGAUGUUUCUAGUUGACAUGAUACAAACUUGUCAUUUAUGUUCAAACCCUCGUAAUGUUUUCAUUGAAAACUGAGAUUGGGAGUGUGUGAGAGUGAGUGUAUGUGUGUGCGCACAUGUGUGCUCUCUCUGCACUUGGAUUUAACCUCUUCCAUCUGAUUUUAUCAUUUUGCUUCCAAAAUAAAAGGUAAUUUUCCAUUUACCCUGACGUACAGAGUCCCUACAUUUUUUUAUCUAGUGCCUGCAAGAUAAUAACUUGUGCACAUAAGAUAAAAUGAUAAUAUAAUUAUUUAAAUAAUAAUAAAAUAUCACCUCUUGGAACUUUAGGGGCUCCGUACAGAGGGAAAGCAAACAGUGAAUAAUUAAAGUGUUAACAAUCAGUUGACCCAAACUGUUGCACACAGGGCUCCACUCUGAACCAGAAAGUCAUUGUUUUUAACACAUCUGAUACAUUCGAGUUACCUGCAGCAAACAGAAUUUAGUUUAGUUGGAAAGUUAUUUGUGCUGUUAAAUUUGAAUUUGAUCAAACUUUUUUCAAACUCAAUCAAACACAUUCGAUUCAGCUUCCUGAGACUCUGCACAAAAGGGAAGCUGAGAUUUAAUCAGUUCAACUAAUAAUAAUAAUAAUCUCUAAUAAUCUUCAUCAUUCAGACCUUUCACAGAUGAUCUUGAAUGGAGACAGGUGGAUUACUUAAAUUGGAUUGUCUAGAUGUUGGUGAAACACAGAUACUUCCUUUCGAUUUCAGCUGAGAACAGUAGUGUUCAAUCUUCCUUCAGACAUGUUAACAAGCAACACUUACUGCUUCAGAGAACCUCCAUCCACUUCUUCAUGUACAGUAUUUAUUCUCUGAGCUUGUUUUAUAUGAUGAUGAUGAUGAUGAUGAUGAUGAUGAACUUGUCAGGUUGAGAUGAUGUAACAUUUCUCUCCUUAUCAUUUUAUUUCUGUAACUUUGUUUUAUUUGUUUUCAUUAAAAAACUGCUGAACAUCC